AUGGGCCGCACGCUGACAUAUCCCAAACGAUCCGCGAACACCGUCAAUCGCUACAAACAUAGAGCCACCUAUGAUCUCGAAGCCAUCCAUUCCAUCGUCAAUGUGGCCCCCGUGCUGCACGUCUCCUUGACCGACCCUUCGGAGCCCUUCCCCGUCACUCUGCCCAUGAUCGGCCACAUGGGAGACUUCCACCACCCCUCCUCCGGCCUCGACGAGCCUCUCGAUAUCUACAUGCAUGGGUAUGUGAGUUCGCGUCUGAUGAACGAAGCCCGCUCCGCCGCCGCGUCAUCCCCAGAGGGCGGGCUCCCCGUGUCCAUAUGCGCGACGAUGGUCGACGGAAUCGUCCUGACCCUGACGCCAAACUCGCACAACUACAACUAUCGCUCUGCCGUCAUUCAAGGAUACGCCCAGCCCGUAGACGACGACGAGGAGCGGCUCUACGCAAUGGAACUCAUUACCAACUCCGUGGUUACAGACCGCUGGCGUCACUCUCGGGUGCCCCCCGACAACGCGGAGAUGCAGUCGACGACCAUUCUGCGCGUGAAGGUAGUCAGUGCCAGCGGGAAGAUUCGCGAUGGUGGAGUCACGGACCUGAAGAAGGACUAUGAGAACGAAGAGGUGACCGCUCGUGUGUGGACGGGCGUCAUUCCCAUCUGGCAGACCAUGGGUGAGCCAGUUCCGAGCGAAGGCAAUCAAGUUGCUCCGGUGCCCGAGCAUGUCACCUCGUACAUUCGUCGUCGGAAUGAAGAGAGCGAACGGUAUGCUAAGCAUGCAGUGACGGUUCCUUUGCCCAAGGAAGAGAUACAUUAG